AUGAUCGUCUUCGGCGACUUUAUCGACAGCACGCUCUGUGUGGCCUUGAACUUCAGCACCAUGGCUGCGGCCGCCAUCGGGAACACAUUGAGCGACGGCGCCGGCAUCUGGUCGGGCCAGUGGCUCGAAGCCAGAGCCAAGUCCCUGGGCUUCGAGGAGCCCAAGCUCAGCGAAGAGCAGGAGGAGAUGGGCGUGACGGUGCGCUGGCGGAACGUAGGCCAGUUCGUGGGCAUCACAGUUGGCUGUAUCCUCGGCUGCUGCCCUUUGCUCUGGAUGGAUCCCGAGGCAGCCAUCAAGCAGCGACGGGAGAAGGAGCGGGAGGAAGCCUUCGAAAUCGUCGUCAGCAAGGUGCAGGAGCUUCUCCAGGCCGAAGCAGUGUCUCUGCUCCUCCUGAACAAAGAGCGUGAUGAGCUUAUUGCAUCACACCAGACGAAGAAUCUCCCGGAGCACUUUCACUGGAAGCUUGAUGAAGGAUUUAUAGGGCACGUGGUCAGCACGGGCCACUUCAUCAACGUUGCAGACAUCAAGGAUGAAGCACAGUACAACCCCGAGAUUCACGACAACUUCUUGAAGACCGGCAUCAAAGUGCAAAGCAUUCUGUGUAUGCCUAUAUUCAGAGGCGGCGAAGUCCACGGCGUCGUCUCUGUCGUCAACAAGAAAAAGAACCACGGGGCCUUCACCCAGAAGGACGAGGACCUUCUCUCGGCAAUCUGUUCUCAUGUUUCUGUCGCUCUUAUCGACGACAAGCAGACCUUCAAGGAGGCACCCCAUGCGAACGUCAUUGAGCAGUGCGAGAAGUCCAUGCAGACAACAGGUUCGCCUGAAUUCACUUCAGCCGCCUCUCAGCGCAUGGCGACGCUCUUCGUUCCGGCCCUGGAGGGCCUCCGCACCGUCCUCGGGGCCGAGGCCGAGGGGUCGCAGGAGCUCUUCUCGGAGGCCCCGCUGCCGGUGGGGCGGGGAGGAGAGGAUGUCAUUGACGGGCCUCUGCCGCACCACACGGCACCAGUGGGCCUACGCGUUGGUGCAGCCGGCGAGGCUGUGCAAGUGGGCCACUACAUGAACGUGCCUCAGACCGAAACAACAGGAUCGGAGCUUGCCGUGCCACUCUUCGAUACGUCGCGGAAAUGCCUGGGUGCCAUCAAAUGUGUCAACAAGCAAGGAAGUUCUGCCUUCAACACGGAGGACGUGGAAUUCGUGACACAGGUCGCGCACUACAUGGGCAUGCUACUGGAAGGCCCAGAUGCGGGGCUCAGGAGGGUGCUGGCCUCGACCAGGCAGAAGAUGCAGACCAAAGCCGCGAUGCAGGCUGCGGACGCCAAGGGCACCAUCGUGUGUAACUUGGUCAAGGCCACAAGCUUGCCCAGUGCUUCGAAACGAAAAGUCAUCGACCCCUACGUGACCUUCAGCAUCGCGCGAAGCAAUCCGUUGCAGCAAGAGCCCGGGGUUGAGCAGAGGGUCAUGCGAGUCCGGAACAAGGACAGGAAGGCAGCCAUCCGCAGAUUCGCCAAGUCUGGCACAAUUUUAGAGGAGUGGCUUCAGAGGCCGGAGCCGGGAAACUACGGAAUUUUACGCUCCCUGCUGGGUUUGCUUGGUGUCGCGCCAUCAGGUGUGCCGGAAGAGGAGCUAUGGGUGCACGUUCUCUUGUGGGACUACGACUCGCUGAGAAACGACGAGCUGGUGGCGCACGCGGCCUUCUCACUGUCGGAGAUCCGGGCCGGGAAGCUCAAGGAGGUGGCGGCGCACGGGCUGAGGCCCCUGCCGGGGACUGGCCAGGCCUCUUCAGAGGCCCCAGUGCUUGGACCAGACAAGCAGAUUGCCACCCUCUGGGCCUGGCUCUCGCGGAAGCAGGGUCUUUGA